AUGCGCGCGCAAGGCGUCCCUUCACCGCCGCCCGCGGCUGUGACAACUUCCACCAUGCCGUCAGAUGACGAUGACGACUCCCCCACCAGCACUAUCAACAGGGACAAUUUCGUGCCGCCCUUCACGCCUUUGAAGCGCGUCCAGUCACUUCAGUCGCGCGAGCCAAGCAUCAUCGAUGACCGGCCUGAGCCACCCAGCCCCAAGGACGGCUACGUAGGCCGCUGGACCGCUUCGCGCCUGUUUUCCAUGAGCUUCAGCCUGCUCAUGGCUGUCGUUGCAAUCCACACCACCGGUGUUGCCUGUAUGAUUGCAUUAAUGCAUGGCAAGCCUGAGGACCACAAUCCAAAGAGUCGUAGCCAGCGCCACCUCCGCGAGCUCAAUGCCUUCGUCACCUUGAUGCCCAUCCUCUUCGCCACCGUAAUGGGACGUUUCUUUCGCGCACUCCUUCUUUGGCGGGCUCAGAAAGGAAUUACCGUUGGGAACCUGGAACGCUUCAUCGGAUGCCAAUCCAUGUACACUGCCCUGCACACCCAGCUAGCUAUGCGUCCUUUCAGCAUUAUUGGGCUGUUGAUAAUGGCUAUAUGGGUGCUUCCGCCUAUUGCCAGCCAGGCCUUCUUGCAUCUCAUCGACCUCUCGGAUACAUACGUUUCCGGCACAGCAACUGUCAAAUAUCUGCGUGUGAGUAAGGCUGCUCAGGACACGGUUAAGAUAACCCAGGGCGCAUCGAUGCCGCUCGCAAAGAAACUGCUCUCAAGUGGAGUCUUCUUCCAGAUGGCACUGCUGAUGCAUGCCUUCGUCAACUCCCCGCAGGACUUCAAGGGAUACGUGAAGGUACCUUCGGUUCAUUCACUGACUCCGGCUAAGGGAGGCUGGGAUCCUACCGAGUGGAGGCAUAUGGAUCACAGUCAGCCUAUUGCUUACUCUUCGCUGAUGGGAAUCCCCAUCGCAGGCCUGAAGGAUGGUGCGAAUACCACAGCAAACUUUCAAUUCCCGUCCCGACACUGGACUGUGAUUUGUUCGGAUAUCGAAUCUUCCGAGCUGGAUCCAGAAGAGUUCGCCGAAAAGUAUAAUUGGGACAGGCAGGCAUUCGCCAUGGAUUUGGCACUUCCAGACGGCAUGAGGCCAUCUCAGUCUUUCUGGCCUAUGCGGGUUAUGACACUGAAAGGAAAUCCAAGCGCCGACGCCUUCGCAGACAGAGUAUUGGAUUACCAGAGCUACGGACUCCCGCUCCCGAAAGUUCCGGUCAACGUGGCACACUGCACUAUCGGCGUUCAGAAAGUUGUCUCCAAUGUCAGCUGCCUCGGCUUGAAUUGCGAGGUUGAUUCCAUGCUGCUCUUGAACGAGGUUCAAAGUUACGACAAUCCAGUGCAAUACCCAUCUUCUCUCGACGCUGAAGAUCAGACUGCCGGCGUAACCUCUAACGGCUGGACCGGCUGGUCUAUCACCAAGAGUGUUUGGAACCCGGGCCUUUGGGAUGAUAUCGACAAGACUCAUGUGAUGCCAGCCGGGAAGCCGCUUCUCGAGAUUCCGUCAUCCGGAACGCCCGUACAAGGACUGCGCAUGGUUCUGCAAACUCUUCCAUUGGCAUCCGCGCUUCAAGAGGAAAUACUUGUCGACAACAUCACCGACUCUGAUUCCCUCGCAUUUACGCGUUAUAAGAAUGCAGUUGGCGCAACCAAUGCAGAGCUUUGGCUCGACGGUAACAACGAUGGGUUCGUCUCCAGGCAGUAUUAUCCUUGGCCUGAUUAUUCAUCAAUCCCGCUCGAGGAGUUCUCAGCUCGCCUAGAGACGCUUAUCAACACAUGGUGGCAGGCAUUCUUCAUGCCGGCCUACUACGAGACCAACCUGCAGGAUCACCCGGUCUUCGAUAAGUCGAACAGACUUAUAUUCAAGAACUCAGAUCCAAGCACUCCAUUCAACGACACUGCAGCUUCCAUAUCCGAGCCUGGUCCACGUGUGUACCGGUGCAGGUGGGGUUACAUCUUCGUGGUCCUGAUUACUUCUAUGAUCAUGACGACCGCAGCCGGAGCGACGAUUGUGUUCGAUUUCCUCACCAUUGCCCCGAACAUACUCGGCUUCGCUUCGACAUACACCCGCGACAAUGCCAACAUACCUGAUUCUGGCGAGGGCUCGUACAUGAGCGGUACUCAGAGGGCCAGCGCGCUUAAUGGUAUCAUGGUCAGGGUUGGCGAUGUGAAAGCCCGUGAGGCUGUUGGACAUAUCUCUUUGACUACGGACUUGAGAAACCCCACAGCCCUGCGCAAGGAUAGGCAGUACGACUAG